UAAUUUUAACCCCUUUAUUUUUAAUUUUUACUCAUUUAUUCAACCAAAUGAGUGAAUGACGCUACACAACAACAUACCCAAGCCCCUUCGCUCUUUCUUCCCACUUUCCUUCUUUUCCCCCUCAGUCCUUUUCUCUCCAGAUGGGUUUCUUCGAUUCUCUUCUCAAUUGGCUCCGAAGCUUAUUCUUUAAGCAGGAGAUGGAACUUUCCCUUGUUGGCCUUCAAAAUGCAGGAAAGACAUCUCUUGUUAAUUCAAUUGCUACAGGAGGCUAUAGUGAGGACAUGAUUCCAACUGUUGGGUUUAAUAUGCGAAAAGUUACAAAGGGUAAUGUUACAAUAAAGCUAUGGGAUCUUGGAGGGCAACGAAGGUUUCGUACUAUGUGGGAGCGUUACUGUCGUGGGGUCUCUGCUAUCCUAUAUGUGGUUGAUGCUGCGGACAGAGACAGUGUUCCCAUAUCUCGAAGUGAGUUGUUUGACCUAUUGACGAAACCUUCUUUAAGUGGAAUCCCUUUACUUGUUCUUGGCAACAAAAUCGACAAGUCAGAAGCUCUUUCCAAACAAGCUUUAGUGGAUCAGCUAGGCCUUGGAUCUAUAACUGAUAGAGAGGUGUGCUGCUACAUGAUCUCGUGCAAGGAUUCCGUAAACAUAGAUAUUGUGAUUGAUUGGCUUAUCAAGCACUCAAAAACUGCUAAAUGAAACAUGGUUUGAUGUUAAUCACAACUUGUAUCUUCUUGAAGAAUAUGAUGAAGGUGAAUUCCCCAAGCUUGAGACAGAACAAGUGUUGAAAACCUUCCUGGUGGAAUGUCAGCUCCCUUCUAUUUGGUUUUAGUUGUGCUCCAAAUAAGUGUUUUGUGCAGUGCUCAAACAAUCGAAUCAAAUCUUUCAUGCGUUAUAUUUAUUUCUUCUUUGUUGUGUGUAUAAUCAAAAUAGAAAGAGCGGGGGGUUAACCUGAUUAACUGUUUUUUGUUUAAAUGUACAAUUUGUACAUUACAUACUAACUGUAUAACCUGCAACUGGCACAGCUGAGCAUAUAGGAAACAUAUGCCGGGCACUGUGUAAGAUUGAUAUUAGAAAGAGAACGGUUCCUGAA